UUGGAUUACCAGAAGCUAGGGCGACUCUAAAUUUUGUUAGGGUAGUCACCCGACCAUGACUAUGGACCCGCCGCUCGUCUUGUCGCCCUCGUCCAUCCACCUGCCCCCGGAUGUUACAGCCCUCGUGCUGGACGCCUCGUGUAACACGUCCCUCGUGCUGUGGGGUAACCUCGUUCCCCAGACACCCGGGGGCGACGGGUGUGUGGGCAACGUCAACUGCACCGCCACCCAACCCCCGCGAGGAGCGUCUAUCGUGUUCCCCAUCUUUCUGUGCCUCACUGGGAUCAUGGGCCAGGUGCUGGCCCUCAUCUAUCUACAUCGGACGCCGCGGCCCAACACUCGUACCGUCUUCUACGUGAUGCUGUCGACGCUGCUGUGGACGGACCUCAUCGGCAAAGUCCUCACCACGCCUGGGGCGCUCAUCGCCUACGCCAACGGCCACUGGGGCGGAGGGCGCAAUCUGUGUCACUACCAUGGCUUCGUAAUGGCACUUAUCGGCAUGGUGACUCAUUUGCUGGUGUGCGCGAUGGCCAUCGAACGCCUCCUCGGCAUCCGGCACGGUUACUUCUACAACAAGAACGUCACCACAUAUCGCGUCAAAACUCUGUUGACUGCGCUGUGGGGCUUCAGUGUUGUCUUGUGCUCUCUGCCGCUUUUCGGACUGGGGCGAUUCGUACUGCAGUUCCCCGGCUCUUGGUGCUUCGUAGACUCGCACUUGUGCCCCGGUUCUGCGGUGCAACACAGCAUCUUCACCUACACGUACGGCGCCAUCAACCUUACCGCCCUCAUCGUAAUGGCGGUGUGCAACGUCAUCGUCGUGGGGACGCUGCUGAAGAUGCGUAUGAGCCGCGCCGUGCCGGUCUUGCAGAGCAACGACGGCCUCCACUCCAUCAGGAGCCACAAGCACAAGGAGCUCGAGAUCCAAAUGGUCUUUGUGCUGCUCGUCAUCACCACUGUCUUUGUCAUUUCUUGGGGGCCUCUAGAUAUCCUGCUCUUCGCGAACAGCAUCUGGCGUCACUCUGAGCUCAAGGACCACUGGGUUGACUUGGUCGCCAUCAGACUCGUGUCGGUCAACCAGAUCGUCAACCCUUGGGCCUACAUCAUCUGCCGCGUCGCGUAUCGCUCGAAGCUGUGCCAGUGCUGCCGCCACGCCUUCAUAGGGAGGAGGUUAUCACUGAUGGAGGAAGGGAAGCACUCCUUCGCUAACUCCCUCAGAUCCCUCAGGAAAUUGUCUAGAGGCGGUCGUGAAGAUUCCUUCCAUUUUGACCACAGGAAAGGACAUCGUUUGUCGGGAAAUAGCCCCACUUCUUGCGGCGAGACGCGGCGGACUCGAGACUCUACGACCACCACCAAGUGCCUCGAGACGCUCUGUGAAGGCCGGCAUAAAGACCAGCCGACGAGGAAGACGAGUCCUGUAGCCUACCGCGUGAUCGGCCACGUAAAUGAUGAAAAUCACAAACAAGACGUCAUUUUGGACACAAAGCCCGAGGUGACCGAAAGAAAGGACUCCACUCUCGGGUACCAUCAGCCCUCUCGGCCGUUCGACGCCGAAGAGGUCUACGGAAGUGAAGUGUUUCGCCCACUGGCGCAGGCGGAUAACUUGAAACUCAAUUCUGACAUUCAUCUUCCAGUGAAACGAUUGUCUGAUGCCAAGGAAGAAAGGAAGAUUGGCUUCGGGAACCUGCUCCUUCAUCCACUCGGCCGGGUUAUGACCAAUCGAUCUUUUCAAAAGUUUAAACUGGAUUCAGACCUUCAUGAUCCCUGCAAACGAACCCAGUCCCUGGACGGUUCUCCUGGGCAACUCCUGCUGGUGGUGCCCAUAGAGACUCGCUGCUGCAGCACCAGCUCUGUGAUGCAGCUGACCCCUGACCCCACCACAUCUGCACCAUCUUUCUCGCGAUGUAAUCACUCUGGUCAACUCGUGGUGUCGAACGACGGCACCGUUAUUUGCGUCCAAAAAGAAAACGAUGAUAAAAGUGCCCUGCAAUUCACUGACCGAGACAUUUUCUAUAUUGAUGAUCCCGGAAAGUUACAUGACACCAAACCUUCGCACAAGAAUGAUGCUUGCGAGGUAGCUGCUCAAUUGGCGCAUGAUUGAGAUCAUGCGAAAAUUGACUUAUCGAUCCUACCGACAUUUGGUCCUUCAUCGCACAAUGAUCCUGAUCAACCUGAACUUGUAUAAUCAUCCAGACGAAUGUCCUGAAAAUAGUGAACACAAACAUACCACUUAUGAUUACCGGUGAGAUCCUGUAGAAGUUAACACUCAACCCAAGAAGCAACACUGAAAUAAGAAGAAAACAUUGCCGAGGUACGAGAAAUUUAUGGCGUUAGCUGUUCGGACUUAAAUUUCCCAAUUGAAGACUCAGAAUGAGAUACAGCCUGUAUGGGAUCUGCCAUAAUGCGAUACAGCCAUUAUGGGAUCAGCCAUAAUCCGAUACAGCCUUUAUGGGAUCAGCCAUAAUACGAUACUACCAAGCAUGUUCCCAUAGGUACUUUUUUCGGCCAUUAUCACAUUAUUCAAUAUAUUAAAGUCUCUGCGACUAAAAAAUAAUAGGUUGACUAUUUUUAAUGUUCUUCACCUCCUGUAACGUUGGAGCAACACUAAGUCUUAAUCUCUGAAUUACUUGCUAUUCUGUAGACGCUAGCGCCCCUGCAGAACACUAGCGAUUAGAGGCGUUACCUUGUUUGUUGAUACGAGUACAAUGUAAUUCCUACCAGAAUUUAUUACAACAAUUUUCACCAAAAUAUAUUUCAAUCGAGUCCGUAAUUUUCUGUAAUACUUUACUCGAGAUACUAACAUGUAUUUUUUUUUUAUCCGGUUUAUAUUGAAAUAUAUCAUUUUUAUUCCUAAAUAGAAACAAUUUUUUACUUUUCAACAAAGCGACCUAUUUGGACCGGGACGGUAAUUAUGUUAAAUAAAGCCAAUGCAUUUGUUAUUUUACUAUAAUCUAAGUUUGGUAAGAAACGUGUACAAAUAUAGUUAAUAAAUUACGUUAAGUUAUUAAGUUACAUUUGGCAAUUUUUUAAUUCCAUAUAUCGUGUUCAUUGAACACAGAAGAAUAUGUUUGACUAAUGAGAAAAUUAUUUUUACAUGUUUGUCAGCAAUUUUUGCUGUUUUCAAUAUCUUCUGGUCUUGCUUGGUUAAUUAAAAACAUACUCAUUACAUUGUAAGUUGUUUGUGUGGUGCCAAAAAACCAUUGACAGUUUCCAGUUCAUAUCAAAGUGAACACUUCGAUUUAUAAAGCUUCCGGUCUACGCGGAUGAUGUCUAAUAAAACCCACAUUUCUCUAUAGUCUUGUCGGUAUUAAUCAAAGCUUUAUGUUAAAAUACCAUGUAGUAAUAGUAUAAAUCUUGUCGAGCGAGCAGUCAUAUAUGAGGCCUGCCUUGCCACUCUUGUUACUUAUCAUGUUUUUAAAUGAUUGAUUAAAGUCGAACUUAAGCCAGCAAACUUAACCUUAAUCAAGCAUACUUUAUUGUUCAAUGUGAGCCUAAUAUUUUACAAGAGCUUUAAAUGUUCUGAAAUGUUCUGUAUCUCUUUAAAUUUAAGCGAAAAAACUUUGCUACAUGAAUCAAAUAUUUUUUAUUAUUCAGUGCGAGCAUAUUAAUUGUAAACGAGCUUUAAAUGUCAAUCAAAUAUUUGCAGUAAGUUUUUAAUCAAUGAGCGUUAUCUAUUAAAUCAUGCUCGACGUAUUUCGGCUAAGAUGAAAGCUAAGGUCUAUUCUUUCUGUGCGUUGAACUUCUUGUAUAAUGAGUAUCAUCUUAUACAACUUGAAUACUUUCAUUAUAAAGUUACUUUUUUGCGUUUGGAAAACUGAUUUGUUACUAUUUUUAUGACCUGUCUUAUGUCAAAUUUUGUUGACAAUCAGAAGAAAACUUUUACAAAUUCCGUGCCGUCGUGGAAAACAAACUGGAGUUGAAAUGAGGCAAGUUGAAUUUUUUACAGUAUUUUUUGAUUUUCAACGACUUUCUCCUAAUUUGUAUAUUUUAGUUGAAUACUUUGAAUGCAUUCAUUUGCAUACGUACAAACUGCAGAAGAAUCUUGCAAUGGCUCUUACAAACUGAUCAUAAACUCAAUAUAGAUGCCCUAGUUUACCAACAAACGGAGAAAGUUUAUUCAUUUUGGGCAAUCCAUAAGUUCAUAAUCUUAUUAUGUUCGCUGAUUAAACUUACUACCAACUCUUGUAACGCAUUCAAAAUGUCAAUGUUCGUUAGCACGAAACUCAAAGUUUUUAUCUUGUAACUUACGAUCAUCUUAAGCUUUUUGAGAAUUUGUUUGUACAGGCUAAAAAAAUGUGUGAUAUAUACAGUAUGUUAAACAUACGCGCAACUUUUCAUGAUCGUAUUUGAUUUAGUCAUGGCUCCAUAUAUUCGCAUUAACUUCAUUACAACUGUGACGCUUGCAGUAUCUAUGAUAUUUUAUCUUGUUGUUACGGUGAUCACAAGCUGUACGACCAUCGUGGAAUUUAAUCUUACAUCUUCGAAUAAAUGAAAUUUGUUCGAUAAGCGAUAGUUAUUUUUGACGAAGUAAGUGUGCCGUCAAUCGCUUCUGAUUGAUUUGGACGCACAUGAGUACAUUGUACGUCAUGCAUAUUGUCAUACGUAAUGUGCAAAAGUGAAACGAUUGCUAAAUCAAUAUAUUUUUUGUGAAAUAAUGUAUGAACAACUUCAUAAAUGUCUUUGGCUUGUUUGUCAUGGAUGCCAAACUUGAUUGUCGUUCAGAAUAUUAAUCCCUAAUUUAAGAACCUUCUAGUCAUUUAUACUUAUAUUCAUGUCGUGUUUUUGCUAGCAGUGUGUUUCAAGUAGAUUAAAUUGUUUCUUCCGAAAUUGUACGUGAAUUUUCAAAAAUAAGACUCCAUCUGGUGUUAAUCACAAAUUUUAAUAUC